AUGAAGUCAGUCUUAUUUUUUUUUGCUAGCAGCCUUUUGCUGACGUUUUCAGACGCUGUUCUGGUACAAAAAAGAGCUCCUAUUGCGUUGGCCACUACAGCUGCUGAUUGGAAAUCCCGUACUAUCUAUCAACUGUUGACUGACAGGUUUGCAAGGACUGAUGGCUCUACAGAUGCGUGCAGCAAUCUAUCCGGCUAUUGUGGAGGAACUUAUCAAGGUAUCAUCAACCACUUGGAUUACAUAGCUGGUAUGGGUUUCGACGCCAUUUGGAUCUCUCCAAUUCCCCAGAAUUCUGACAAUGGCUAUCACGGAUACUGGGCCACGGACUUUGGUAGUUUGAAUCCAAAUUUUGGUACAUCGCAAGAUUUGAUGGAUUUGGUGAACGCUGCACAUGACAAAAACAUCUUGGUCAUGCUUGAUGUGGUAGCAAAUCAUGCUGGCAUACCGUCAUCCAGUGGUGACUACACUGGAUACACCUUUAAUUCCGCAAGCCAAUAUCACCCAAGUUGUGACAUUGAUUACAACAACCAAACAUCUGUAGAGCAAUGUUGGAUCUCCGGUUUGCCUGAUAUCAACACGGAAGACAGCAAUGUCGUGAACGCUCUUUAUAACGUGGUGGGCAACUGGACUUCCACAUAUGGUUUCGAUGGUCUUCGCAUUGAUACGUUUAAACAUGUUCGUAAAGAUUUUUGGCCAGGAUAUAUUUCUUCUGCGAACGUCUUUGCUACCGGUGAAGUUUUGUCAGGUGAUGCCAGCUAUGUUGGUCCUUAUCAAGACUAUGCUCCAUCUCUAAUCAAUUAUCCGCUGUACUAUCCUAUCAACAAUGCAUUUGUAUCCAAGCAAGCAAUGUCUGCUUUAACGAAUCAAAUAACCGCGAACCAAAACAACUUCAAGGAUAUUAGUGUCCUUACAACAUUUGUUGACAAUCACGAUAAUGUGAGAUUCUUGAGUCAAACCUCUGACACGUCGCUGUUUAAGAAUGCACUUGCCUUUAUUAUGAUGACAGAAGGUAUUCCAGUGUAUUAUUAUGGCUCUGAACAAGGCUUCACUGGUGGAUCUGAUCCUGCUAAUCGAGAGACGCUUUGGUCUUCAUCAUACGAUACAUCAAGCGAUCUUUACAAGUUCACUGCGAAGCUUAUCAAAGAUGGUCGUCAGAAAGCAAACGGUACUGUAAUUACUGAUGUGGAUGUUCAAGAUAGUAUAUACGCAUUCACUCGUGGAAGUGUUCUUGUAGUUCUAAAUAAUCAGGGUAGUAGCGCUACAAACUCCAUCUCUGUCAAAGUUGGCGCUGGUAUUUCUGAUGGGACAAAACUAACAGAUAUAUUCACCAACACUACUGUAACUGUGUCUGGAGGAUCAAUUACAUACAAUCUUCAAAAUGGUUUACCCUCAAUAUUUAUGUAG